UGUGUGUGUCAGUAGCUGUGUACAGAGUAGUAAUGUCUGCGUGUGUGUGUGUGUGUGUCAGUAGCUGUGUACAGAGUAGUAAUGUCUGCGUGUGUGUGUGUGUGUGUCAGUAGCUGUGUACAGAGUAGUAAUGUCUGCGUGUGUGUGUGUCAGUAGCUGUGUACAGAGUAGUAAUGUGUGCGUGUGUGUAUUUUCUCUCCCCCCGUCUAGUCAUCGUGAUCCAGCUCAGUCCUGCUCCAGCCCCUUCCCAGCGUGCAGCUCUGCAGCUGCCGCUGGCCAACGACGGAGGCAGCCGCUCCUCGUCGUCCGAGAGCUCCCCCCAGCACCACCCCAGCCGGCCGCGCCACAUGCUCACGCUGCCCACGCCGCAGUACGGCCUGCAGAAGAGCCUGGAGAAUGCGGAGAUCGACCAGAAGCUGCAGGAGAUCAUGAAACAGACGGGCUACCUGAAGAUCGACGGCCAGAGACACCAGGCCGAGGUGAGCGACCUGAUCAGCGAGGGGGAGAUCGGCAGCGGCACGUGCGGACAGGUCUUCAAAGUGCGCUUCAAGAAGACGGGCCAUGUCAUCGCCGUCAAACAAAUGAGGAGGACCGGAAACAAGGACGAGAACAAGAGGAUCCUGAUGGACCUGGACGUGGUGCUGAAGAGCCACGACUGCCCUUACAUCAUCCAGUGCUACGGCGCCAUAGUUACCAAUACGGACGUGUUCAUCGCCAUGGAGCUGAUGGGGACGUGUGCUGAGAAGCUGAAGAAGAGGAUCCAGGGGCCCAUCCCAGAACACAUCCUGGGGAAGAUGACAGUGGCAAUUGUGAAGGCGCUGCUGUACCUGAAGGAGAAGCACGGGGUGAUCCACCGGGACGUCAAGCCCUCCAACAUCCUGCUGGACGCCAAGGGUCAGAUCAAGCUGUGCGACUUCGGCAUCAGCGGACGCCUCGUCGACUCCAAAGCCAAGACACGCAGUGCCGGCUGUGCCGCCUACAUGGCGCCUGAGAGAAUAGACCCUCCAGACCCCAGCAAGCCUGACUAUGACAUCCGAGCUGAUGUGUGGAGCCUUGGCAUCUCUCUGGUGGAGCUGGCCACAGGACAGUUCCCCUAUAAGAACUGCAAGACGGACUUUGAGGUUCUGACCAAGGUUCUGCAGGAGGAUCCGCCUCUUCUCCCUCUCGGCAUGGGCUUCUCCCUCGACUUCCAGUCCUUCGUCAAAGACUGCCUCACAAAGGAUCACAGAAAACGGCCCAAAUACCACAAGCUGCUCGAGCACAGUUUCAUCCGGCGCUACGAGGUGCUGGAGGUGGACGUGGCCGGCUGGUUCCAGGCGGUCAUGGAGCGCACCGAGUCGCCGCGCAGCAGCCAGUGUUACAGCCACCAGCACCAGCUCCACUCUCUGUUCAGCAGGUAGCCCAGACGCAGCACCCCUCCCCUCCCCCCCCCCCCCCCCCCCCGGCCCGGCCCGGUCUGGGGCUGACCCCGGCGCCUGCUGCCUCGCCCGCCGGAGGAGGGAGGGAGGGAGGACGGAGACGAGGAAGAGGGCUUAGAGCGGACAGAUGGAUGGACGGAAGGAUAGAUGAAGGGAGGGGCAACGGGUCAAUUGAACCGGGGGGGUGGGGGUGGGGGGGGGUCAGGGGUAUCAGGACAGGCAAACACACAGAGAGGAGUGGUUACGGAGCUCAUCCAAGUUAGCUGUUAAAAAGCAGGGACACUAGAGACCCCUGCGACGUCAUGGGCGAUGUUGUGUAUCCCCCCCCCCCCCUCCCAUGUACAGCACACGAGCACUCACCUCCACACAGCCCGCCCCGCGGUGAAGCCAGUGUACAGCCAGACUGGCCCGUUCGCGCUCUGUGUAUAGCUCACUAACUAACCCUCUCACACGUCGUGUACGUCACUGUUCAGCUCCAGCACAGGUUCUGGUCACAGGACCUGUCAACAGAGUAGUCGACACACACUGGAGCAAACUGUCCGGUAGCAUUAGCGCCGUUAGCUAGGGGAGCUAGCAUCUGUUUCACACACACAUGGUUGGCUAGGUUCCUAAAGAACACGUCCAGUGCAAUAAUCAGCCGGGUAUAAUGUUACUGUCACUCACUGUGUGUCUGUGUGUGUUUGUGUACACACCAGAUUAGGGUCACUAUAUUAUGGAUAUCUAUAGCUGUUCCACACAGCAGUUCUAACCCACAAAUUACUUAGAAAUUACUAAAUUACUAAACAAAAUUACUAACCUAAAAACCACACACACAGUAGACGAAGCAAACAUUAACCAAGAUGCUAAGUUAAUUUUCUAAUGAACGUAAAAUCGGAAAAACUGAGAAAAAUGCUACAAAAAAAUUAGAUGUAUUUUACUUUAGCUCUGUAGAAAGGUUUAGGUGAGUUUUUAAUAGAGGUGGACUUAAGAGCUGCUUUAAGAGAUGGAGGGAUAGAACUGAUGAGUGGAAUGAAGAAAACAAUGUUUUGAGCCUUUUCACAGCGCCACCUGAUUUGCGAUCAGGUGAUAUUUGGUGAGAACCACUGGAGAGGAAAGAGAGAGAGCGAGAAACAGCCCAGAGGGAGGUGGAGGAGGAAUACAAUCCUUUCGUCUGGAGAGCGACAGGAGCAUAUUCAAGACAAAGAGUAGGAAGUAGAUUUCCUGGUUUGAUUCCUUCCUGCCUGGCUUCCCCGGAGAACUGGUUAAACCAAAGGCUGUAGUGUUGUCGUAUGUGGAGGGAGUUGGACUAGGCCCUCCAGCCACGGUUGCACUGCCCCCCCCCCCCCGCCUUCUGCAGGGCCAGAACUGAAGCC